AUGGAGCAAGAGCAAGUCGCCAAAACCUCGUUUCGCUUCUUUGGACUUGGUGGAAGUAAUGAAGUUGGUCGUUCAUGUCACAUUUUGCAAUACAAGGGCAAAACAGUAAUGCUAGACGCAGGUGUACACCCUGCACAUCAGGGUUUAGCUUCCCUCCCUUUCUAUGACGAGUUUGACCUUUCAACGGUGGAUAUUUUACUUAUUUCACAUUUCCACUUGGAUCAUGCCGCAUCUCUUCCUUAUGUUAUGCAGCGUACAAAUUUUCAUGGUAGAGUAUUCAUGACACACCCUACCAAAGCCAUUUAUAGAUGGUUGCUCAGCGAUUUUGUUAAAGUGACUAAUAUCGGAUCAACUUCACCGCUUGAUAAAGAUGAAAAUCUAUACAGCGACGAAGAUUUAGCAGAGUCGUUUGACCGAAUAGAAACGAUUGAUUAUCAUUCCACAAUGGACGUUAAUGGUAUAAAAUUCACGGCCUUCCAUGCUGGACACGUGCUAGGAGCUGCGAUGUUUCAAAUUGAGAUUGCAGGAUUAAGGGUGCUUUUCACAGGUGAUUAUUCGAGAGAAGUUGAUCGACACCUAAAUUCAGCUGAAGUUCCUCCUUUGCCCUCAGAUGUUCUAAUAGUCGAGUCCACUUUUGGAACAGCCACUCACGAACCUCGCGUCAAUAGGGAAAGAAAGCUAACACAACUAAUUCAUUCGACCGUAAUGCGAGGUGGGCGUGUAUUAUUGCCUGUGUUUGCAUUAGGUCGAGCACAAGAGAUCAUGUUAAUCUUAGACGAAUACUGGUCACAACAUGCCAAUGAGUUGGCAAACGGCCAGGUUCCAAUAUUCUAUGCUUCAAACUUGGCUAGGAAAUGUAUGAGUGUCUUCCAGACAUAUGUGAAUAUGAUGAAUGAUGAUAUUCGGAAGAAAUUUAGGGAUUCCCAAUCUAACCCAUUUAUUUUCAAAAACAUUUCGUACCUGAAAAAUUUGGAUGAGUUUCAAGACUUUGGCCCUAGCGUGAUGCUAGCAUCUCCUGGUAUGCUUCAAAAUGGUCUUUCAAGAGAUUUGCUUGAAAAAUGGUGUCCUGACGACAAAAAUUUGGUUUUGAUAACGGGUUAUUCGGUAGAGGGAACUAUGGCCAAGUUUAUAAUGUUGGAACCUGAUACAAUACCCUCAAUCAAUAAUCCUGAUAUGACCAUACCCCGGCGCUGUCAGGUUGAAGAAAUUUCAUUCGCUGCACAUGUCGAUUUCAGGGAAAACUUGGAGUUCAUCGAAAAGAUUGGGGCCACGAAUAUUAUUUUAGUUCAUGGUGAGUCCAAUCCAAUGGGGCGUUUGAAAUCUGCAUUACUAUCUAAUUUUGCGUCCUUGAAAGGUACCGAAACUGAAGUUCAUGUUUUCAAUCCAAGGAAUUGUGUGGCAGUCGACUUAGAGUUCAAGGGGAUUAAAAUUGCAAAAGCCGUUGGAAAUAUCGUAGAUGAGGUAACCAAUGUUCUGACCUCCAAGAUAAACGUUUUUAGUGGGGAAAAGUCUGAGGAGAAAGAUGUUAUUCAAUUGGAAGACGGUGGGAAGAAGGCUGACGAGGAGGAAACUAUAGUUUCGGGGAUAUUGGUUUCAGAUGAAAAGAACUUCGAUUUGAAUCUUGUAUCUCUCUCUGAUUUAAGAGACCACCAUAUGGAUUUAUCUACUACAGUACUAAAAGAGCGUCAAACAAUUCGUGUUGAUUGCAAAAAUGAACUUAUAUAUUGGCAUCUGUGCCAAAUGUUUGGGGACAUUGAAGUGCUUAUAGAUGACGAAGGGAUCACGCACUCGAAAGAUAUAAAUCCACAAGAGAACUCAGAAGAUAACAAAAAAUCGAGUCAAGAAUUAGAGCUUAGAAUCAUGGGUGAUGUCAAACUGAAUAUUAUUGACAACGUGGCGACGCUUGAGUGGUCUCAGAGCAUUAUGAGUGACAGCGUGGCUGAUAGUGUGAUGGCCAUUCUGCUAAGUGUAGACUCGUCCCCGGCAAGUAUUAAAAGGAGUAGCCAUAAAUGUGAGCAUGGCCAUGAUGAGGAACAUAACGAGUUAUGGAAAAUCAAACAAGUUGCACGUUUAUUUAAAGAACAGUUUGGAGAUUGUUUUACUUUACUUCUGAACAAAGAUAGUGUGAAUGAAGAUGUUCAAGGGGUAAUCACCAUUGGAAAAAACUCGGCACACGUCAACAUGACUAAAAUGACAGUCGAUGAGUGUAAUUCAAAUCCAUUGAAGGGUAGGAUAGAGAGUAUAUUGAAUAUUGGUACUGAUUUGGUCGCACCACUAUGUUAA